AUGUUGUCCCAACCUCCAGCGCUGGCCCUUCGCAACAUAAAUCAAGUCGGCCAGAUUUGGAACGUUCGACGCUCCUGUAAUCCGAACAAAAUUGAAGACAUCACGACAACAAAGCCUGUGGCGCUGAAACAGCGGGGCCGUGGCGACGUGCUUGCUACAUGUGCUGGAAUUGACGGGGUGCUGUGUGACUGCGGGGUUCGUGGUGGGACGGGAGGUAGUAUCAGACUCUUGCUGACUAAAAUCCCUCGGUCCUUCUCCUACUCUAGGCCGAGUGUCUUAUUCCGGCUGUCCCGCAACCCCGGCUGUACAUCAGCCCUAUACCCACCACCGUGGAACGUAUCAGUUAAGGCUAAGUACAAACAGUAUAAAAUGUCGGAAUCAAGUCUCGGUAGGGAUGCGCUUGAUUUAUGCGCGCCGGUACAGGCGGCAACACAUGUGCCUCGCGCGAUAGGAUUACACGUUAUGUGCUCGCUCCCGAGGCCGCAAGCCGCCUUAAAUAUCAGUGAAGACUGGAGACGUAUCAACAUCGUCUUGCGCAUAUUUUAUCAUUCCAUUGCCGCGCGCAUAGUGUGCGAGUGUGGCACACGUAGCGAGCCAGCGUUGUACUGCGAUAUGGGAAGCAUCGCGUUACGACCUAGCCUGGUGCAAAGUGCUCGCCAAUACGAGUCAUUCAAGCCCAAACACAAGGCAACUACUCCAAAUAGUCAAGGAGAUCCCUCGACUGUCUUCCAGCUCCAACAUCUGGUCGACUUCGACCUUCCUCAAGUUGUAGUGUUGUUAAAGGUCUACUUAAACAUCAUACAAAAAAACUACUCGCCCCUACAAUUUUCGAAAGUUCCCCUCGGUUUCUCCAGGAUUCCAUCAUCAGAUCCUGACCUCAUGACAAUGGGACCAAAUGGCAAGUAUCUAGUCUAG